AUGCCAGCUCAUCCGCACAAGUUCGAAAGCGAGCUUGCUUUCCUCAGCCAGGUUUUUAACUCAUUCAGCUUCUCCGCCAUGGCUGAUCCAUUCUCGGUAACGGGUAGCGCUGUCGGCGUCGUCUCGCUCGCGAUACAGAUAUGCAAAGGCUUAGUUUGGUACAUUGACAAUGCCAGAGGUGCAAAGGAUAAGGUGACCCACAUCUCCAGCCUUAUGGAAAAGUUGACAGAUCUUCUCGAACUAUUGGAGUCCGUCAUCGGAAAGCUCGAGCCUAGUAUAUCCGGGUCGGCAACCAAAGCGGGCAUCGAAGCAUGCGCAGAGGCUCUUGAGCAGAUAAAGAGACGGAUGGCAGACAACGGCAGGACAAGCGACUCUAAGUUCCGCCAACAGCUCAAAAUGCUCAAACAUCGCCUCUCGUUCCCAUUUAAACAAGAUGACAUCAUGUUUUGGAAAGACAUGGUGGAGAGCAUCCAGCAGAAUCUGCAUACGGCGCUAUUAGCACUUCAGAUGUAA